CUCUCUGCUCUUGACUCUUGGCGUUGCUCUCUACUUGGGCUACUACUGGGCAUGUGUGCCCCAGGUGGCCUAACUAAAAUAUGCAGGCUGUGUUCGCUAGCUGCACAGAAUAAUGGAACGGGUGCCUGUGUGGUUGUGGCACCGGUCCAUCAACUUAACGGGGCCUCCUUGAGGACUGGCUGAGGUUCCUGCCAAGCCUAGGACAGAUGGAUAAUUCUACCCCUACACACUCAGCCCUGUUUGAAGUGCUAGACUCUUUGUGCAUACCGUGCUGAGGAAGUCUUAACAGGUUGUUUUUUUGACCAAUUUGGAUAUUUUCUCAACUGAAAUGUAGAUGAUACACAAUCUACAUAUCCCAGGAAAGAGGCCUCGUCUGGUGGCUGGGCCCCAGUUUCUGGCCUUCUUGGAGCAACACUGUCCAGUCACCGCGGAGACUUUCUACCCCACACUGUGGUGUUUUGAGGGACGGCUACAAACUAUCUUUCGAGUCCUCUUGCAGUCUCAACCUGAUGUCCAUUACCAGAGUGAAGUCCUCCAGACCCCAGAUGGAGGCCAGUUCCUUCUAGACUGGGCUGAGCAGCCUACGAGCAGUCCCAACCCGGACCCCACCACCCAGCCUAUAGUAUUGCUGCUUCCAGGCAUCAGCGGCAGUAGCCAGGAGUCAUAUGUCUUACACCUAGUUGACCAAGCUUUGAAAGACGGCUAUCGGGCUGUUGUAUUUAAUAACCGUGGCUGCCGAGGGGAAGAACUGCUGACUCACAGGGCUUACUGUGCCAGCAACACUGAAGAUCUAGAAACCGUUGUGAAACACAUAAAGCGCCGCUACCCCCGAGCUCCACUGCUGGCUGUGGGCAUCUCGUUUGGAGGGAUACUGGUGCUGAACUACCUGGCUCGGACCGGGAAGGCGGGAGGGUUGGCAGCAGGGCUGACCAUGUCUGCAUGCUGGGAUUCCUUCGAGACCGUUGACUCUUUGGAGACACCGCUCAACUCACUGCUCUUCAAUCAGCCCCUCACUGCUGGCCUCUGCCAGCUCGUGGCCAGGAACAGAAAGAUGAUUGAAAAGGUGUUGGACGUAGACUUUGCGAUAAAGGCUCGCACAAUCCGCCAGCUGGAUGAACGCUACACAGCAGUGGCUUUUGGGUAUAAAGACUGCGCGGCCUAUUACCAAGCCUCAAGCCCAAGAACCAAGGUAGCUGCCAUCCACACCCCCGUUCUUUGCCUCAAUGCGGCCGACGAUCCCUUCUCCCCAGCACACGCCCUCCCUCUGCAGGCCGCUCAGAAGUCUCCCUGUGUUGCUCUGCUCAUCACAGCUCGGGGCGGCCACAUUGGCUUCCUGGAAGGGUUGCUCCCCCGGCAGCACUGCUACAUGAACCGUGUUCUACACCAGUACGCCCGAGCCGUCUUCCAGCACUCAAUGGAGCUGCCUGGCCUGGGGGGGCUCACCCCUGAAGAGGGAAAGAGCUGACAAGAGAGCUAUUUGGGGGUCCCAGUUCAAUCUUUCUUUGUUUAUUAAAUACCAACUCUUCCUGCCUUCUGAGCUGAGGGUUACUUUCCCUUCUCCUCAGGCUGGAAUAGAGCAUC